GCACAAGUUCUCAAAGCAACAAGCCCCUCUUUGUAAAACUCGGACUUCUGGCUGGUUUUGAAGCGGCUGAGCGGUGACAGAAAGAAGACAAAGAACUUCAUCCUUCAAUGGAGUUCUUUGACCCUGAGCUGAUUGUUUCCACCAGCAGUUUCUCUUAAUACGCUGGCAGAUUUAGGGAAAUCCUGGGGUGGUUUGAGCUGUAUGCAGCUGCAACAGGGAUGAUUACAUCCCAUAUGAACGGUUAUGUGCAAGAGGCCUCUGGUCAGGCCAUGAGCUACAGAGAGAGAGCUGUGGACUGUCCAGGUCAGGAGAGUAGCCUCGUUAAAUCCCCUCAGUGCAGCGCCCACAUGGAGAGGAUCCAGCUUUACCAAGAAGAAAUGAGGAAGAGGAGAGAGGAGGACAAGGGAAAGCAUGACAUUGAUCCUAAUGCUUCGCUCAGGCUCAAGAAGUUGUCACAGAACCCAAUGGUUGGCAUCGACAAUCCCACCUUCGAUGGGAAGGAAAAGGUUACUAAUGACACAACCUGCCCGGAUCCUGUAGUGGAACUGGAGGAAUUAUUGCAGGCUCUGAAAUGGAUGCAGAACUGUUUGCAUGAUGCUCAGAGCCAGCAGGAUGUGGAGCUGAUAAUGCAGCUCCUAGCCAAGGAGGAAUUCAGAAAAGCCUACAUGAUCUACUCAGCUGUGUCCCAGCAGUUGAACCGAGCCAGUCCCACUUCGCCCCUCACAUCACAAGCACAGGACCUCUGCCAGCAGGUUCAGAGGAUUCUCCAGUCGAGCCAUCAGAAGGAGGGUUUGGAGCUCAGUGUGCUGCUCACCAGUCCCCAUCUGCAGGCACUGAUGCAGGCUCAUGACAGCGUGGCCGUGCAGGAGUUGGCAGAGGAAACUAUGACUCAGUAUCUUGGAGAGACGGUUAAAUUAGUGCGGCUGGAGAAGGCCAAAGACACCCCUUUGGGUGCAACAGUGCGUAAUGAUGUGGAGAGUGUGGUGGUGAGUCGUGUGGUGAAAGGUGGUGCGGCGGAGCGCAGCGGCCUCCUCAGUGAAGGAGACGAGAUCCUGGAGAUCAACGGGGUCGCCAUUCGUGGAAAGCAUAUCAACGAAGUCCACGACUUGCUGCAAGAAAUGCAUGGAACCCUGACCUUCCUCAUCAUCCCGAGUUCUCAUGUUAAACCUGCCCCUCACAGACACACUGUGAUGCACGUACGAGCUUACUUUGACUAUGACCCCUCUGAUGACCCCUUCGUGCCAUGUCGGGAGCUGGGUUUGUCCUUCCAUAAGGGGGACAUACUGCACGUUAUCAGCCAGGAUGACCCCAACUGGUGGCAGGCCUACAGGGAUGGAGACGAGGACAACCAGCCUCUGGCUGGACUCAUCCCAGGUAAAAGUUUCCAGCAACAGAGAGAGAGCCUAAAGAAAACUAUAACCGACAAGAACCAAGAGCAGCAAGGGAAGUUGUGGAGUUCAAAGAAAAGCAAAAAACAGAAGAAGAGGAACACCUCAAACACAAACAAAGACUACGAUGACCUCAUGACCUACGAGGAAAUGUCCCUCUACCACCAGCCUGCUAAUCGCAAACGGCCCGUUGCUCUGAUUGGUCCAGCAAACAGCGGACACGACGAGCUGCGUCGGAGGCUUCUGUCCACGGGACCAGACAAGUUUGCCGUCGCCGUUCCACACACAACCAGGAACCCAAGAAUACAUGAGCGAAAUGGACGCGAGUACCAUUUCGUGAGCCGCUCUGCCUUCGAAACUGACCUGGCGACGGGGAAGUUCAUCGAGUCGGGGGAGUAUGAGAAAAACCUGUACGGCACCAGCACAGAUUCUGUCCGACACGUCGUCAACUCUGGUCGUAUCUGUUUGCUCUGCCUGCACACGAGGUCACUGCGAGUGUUGAGGUCCUCCAACCUAAAGCCAUAUGUCAUCUUCAUCGCUCCUCCUUCUCAAGAGCGACUGCGCACUCUGCUGGUCGUAGAGGGGAAGACACCAAAGCCGGAGGAGCUGAAGGAGGUCAUUGAAAAGGCCCGCGAGAUGGAGCUCAAAUACAGCCACUUCUUUGACGCCACCAUCGUGAACAUGGAUCCAGACCAGGCUUUCCUCGAACUGCUCAGGGUAAUAGAUAAACUGGACACGGAGCCGCAGUGGGUGCCCACAUCCUGGCUCUGUUAGGAGCUGUUUUCUCUCAACACCAAGAGUCUCAGGGAAGAUGAAGAAGGUAAACGGAGGAGAAAAACUGAGAAAGGAAGACUGUGGUAAAAAUGAAUAAAUAAAAAUCUCAGGAUUCUCACUUGCACAUUUUCCUCGCUUGGAGAGGAUCGUUACG